CAGUUUAACUUCAGUAUGAGAGAGAGAGAUUGCUUCACAUAAUACCAAGCACCAAAGACUGCCUCUCUUUGCAUUCAUCACAGCAAUACGACUGCAUUGGGAAAUGGCCACUGCAGGGAAGGUGAUUAAAUGUCGAGCUGCUGUUGCCUGGGAGCCCACUGCGCCCCUGAUGAUGGAAGAAAUAGAGGUCGCCCCACCUCAGGAAGGAGAAAUACAAAUUAAGGUUGUAGCUACGGGUGUUUGUCACACCGACCUUUACCACCUGUUUGAAGGGAAGGAUAAGUGUGGUUUUCCCUCUGUCCUGGGACAUGAGGGUGCUGGUGUGGUGGAGAGUGUGGGACCCAGAGUCACUGAUUUCAAAUCAGGUGAUAAGGCCAUUCCACUCUUCCUCUCUCAGUGUGGAGAAUGCAAGUUCUGCAAGUGUCCAAAAACAAACCUGCGUGACUCUGGCAGGUCAAGUAAAUAUCAUGACAUUAUGUCUGAUCCUAUAACACGUUUCACUUGUCGUGGUCGGCCCAUUCUGCAGUUCAUGGGCACCAGUACCUUCUCUGAAUAGACUGUCAUCAACCAGACUGCUGUGGCCAAGAUUGAUGAUGAUGCCCCACUCGACCGCGUGUGUCUGCUCGGCUGUGGCGUCUCUACCGGUUAUGGAGCUGCUGUCAACACAGCUGGGGUUAUACCAGGCUCGGUGUGUGCAAUGUUUGGACUGGGUGCAGUAGGUCUGGCUGCAGUCAUGGGAUGUAAAAACGCUGGAGCCUCUCAUAUCUUUGCUGUGGAUAUUAAUGAGCAGAAGUUUGAGAAGGCAAAGAUCUUUGGUGCCACUGAUUUUCUGAAUCCGAAGGCAUAUAAUAAACCCAUCUCUGAAGUACUUUCAGAAAUGACCAGUGGAGGAGUGGAUUUCUCACUUGAGUGUGUGGGCAACACUGAAGUAAUGAGAACUGCGCUGGAGUCAUGUGUUAAAGGUUGGGGUGUUUGUGUUUUGGUUGGCUGGACUGAUGUGAAGGAUAUUUCUGCCCGGCCAAUUCAGCUCAUAUCUGGGAAAACCUGGAAAAGAUCUUUGUUUGGAGGUUUUAAAAGCAAGGACUCUCUUCCAAAACUGGUUGAUGACUACAUGACCAGCAAAAUAAAGCUUGACGAGUUUAUAACCCACAAAAUGAGUUUGGAGCAGGUCAACAAUGCCGUCAACCUCAUGAAGACUGGGCAGUGUAUUCGAUGCAUCCUGAAUAUAUCCAAAUGAGAAGCAAAUCAUCUUCACCCAACCAUUUUCUAGGCCAGUUUUUCCUCGCUUCUCCCUCUUUUGCAGUAUUUGAGCUCGGUGCAUUCAAGGAUCCUCUUUAACAGAAUAUUCCAGCCCUCUGCUUUAUUAAGUGAUUCACAAGUGCAUGUAAACGUAAAUGUUUAACAUCAAAAACUGUUUUAUUCAUCUGCAAGGCAAAAUGCUUCUGAAAAAGUUGCAAGAAAAUGUUAUCCGUGCCAAAUAAAAACAGAGACAAGCAUGUAAAUCAUUUCAAAUCGUUUUGUAUAACCAAUUUAUGAUGCUGUCAAAAUAGUUUAUUUCUCUCCUCUGAGCCAGACUCUUCAGCAUUUGUCUUGCUUAUAUAACCAUCAUGGGAAUGUUGGGAAGCACCAGAAAAUAUGCAGCUGCACCCUGCAGCUUGAAGCAAAACACUGAUAAACAUGCUAUAUGCUUGACAUCUUUCUCAAAUGCUUUCUUCAUAUCUGUUGGUCUUGGCUGGUCAAUUUGAUCUCAACUUGCAGAAACCGUCUUUCCAGACUCUUCUAAAAAAUGUUUUAGACGAACUGAUGGAAAUAGAUUGCUCAGCCCUAAUGUGGACAUAUUCAGUGCCAGUUAAAAUACUGAAUCUAUUUCUGAAAUGUGUAGAUAAAACUAAAAGUAUUAAUCUUGUACGCCAGUUCUGUCCGGCUAAAAGUUAAAUGAUGUGAAAAGCAGCAACAAUAAUUCAGUACAGAUGAACCUCUUGGAUGACUGCAGAAAUGUUUUUAAAUGAAUAUUAUCUGACAUUUCAUGAAUUAAAUGCCCAUUUUCAUUC